CCCCCCGAGCCCUUUUCUCCCCAGGCUGCUCUACAACCUGCGGUUCCUGGGCCAGACCAGCGUUGGCACGGUGAGGCUGUGGGGCAGAGACCUGCCAGGGGGUGAAUCAUCUCUUCUGGGGUUCAUGUGUCCAAGGGUUAUUCCCUCUUUCCCAUCCCUCCAGUAUGGUGGCAAAGAGGUGCUGGAGGGGGCCAUCCCUGCCGUGCUGGAGAGGAACUUGGCAGCACGGGAGGUUUUAUUUGAUGUGAAGGAGGCAGAAGUCCUUGUGCAGGAGAAGGCUUCUUCCAAGCUGCUGUGCUGCCAUCCCUACCCCUCCAUCUCCUGCGUGGGACGCUGCACGUGGAGCCCCAGGAUCUUCGCCUUCUGCGUGGUCUCUUCCCCCGAGAGCCCUGACGGGAGCACGUUUGACUGCCUGGUGUUUGCAGCCAGUUCUGAGCAGGAAUGCGAGGAAAUCAUCGGCAGGAUUGCUGCAGGAUUUAAGCACACCGAGUGGUUUGUCUGAGGGAGGAGCACACCACGAGGCACCAGCAGCUGCCUCCCAGAGCGACUUGGGAUGGAAUUCCUGCUCUUCCUCACCAUCCUGGUGAGCUCCAAUUGACUCGAGUCUGGUGGGAGCUGCUGCUCUGCCCCAAGAACAACACAACACUUCCUUCCACUGGAAUAAAAUCAAGCCAGGCUGGCUCAACCACUUCCCUGUGCUGCUGUCUGUGACAAGCCCAGCCUCACCUGCAGAGCCUGUUCGGGCAGGGCUGAGCAGCCGUGCCCUCCCCUCAUCAGUGUUAAUUACCCCGGGUCAGGUGCACUCUGAGCACAGCUGAGGAACCCAGACCUGCCUUAAGCCAAGGUUUGAGUUCAAUCACCUUCCAUCCAAAAGCCUGGAUGGGAAAUGAGAAUCUCGGAGCACCCACCCAUGUGCUGCCAGGGUGUAAAAGCAGCUGUGCCCCGUGCAGCUCCAGGACUGGCACAGCCCAGUCCCAUGGGAAUGUUCCCCCCAAAGCUCAGGAACAGCCAGGUGUGGUUUUGCUUCAGCCAGUCGUAACUCCAAAAUAAACUUUCCCUGCAUCCACUGGAAAGGAAGAAAGAACUGAAGAGCUCAGCUCGUGCCCUGAUUAAAGCCCAAAAAAGCCACUGCAGCCUCGGCCAGCCCUGGCCCCUACACAGCCAUGGGGCUCCACUCUCACUGGCCACAGCAAGGACUCGAGCUGCUCCAAAUCUCCAAAACACUCCAAAAGUUCUCCAUUCUGUUGCCAGCAGAGGUCAAGCUGCCCCAGCAGCAGCCCACGAUUACAGGAAUCUGUAGGAGGCAGAAGCUUCUUCAAGCCCAUUCAAACCAAAAUGACAAAGACUCCUCACAUGUGAAUGUAAAACAUUUAAUUUAAAAAUGUUGACACUACAAUAUAUAAAAUAGCUAUUAUAAAUGCACAUAGUGUAUUCUAUAGCUGCCAGGUUUACGUUUUUAGGAAACUGUAAGUUACACUGUGGUUAAGACUUGUAGUUUCACCCUCUGAAGGAAGUCCACAUUUGAUCACAGUGAUGCAUGGUCAGACUAACAGCCCCAAUUGUUAAACACUUGGAUCAAGUCAUAACCAGUUUUAUUGCAAAAGGACCCUGUACACAUUUAUAUCAAUUCUAGUACCUUACAAGUUUAUCUACCCAACAAGUCAUUAACAUACAGAAACAUGCAUGAGAAGCAAGAAAGAACACCCAUCCCUUCUGCAUAUUAGCAACUUGUCACUCCCGAGCCCGAGGCUCAACAUCACUGAGGUUUAUGUGAACAGUCACUUUUAGCAUUCAUCCUGAGUGAAAGAUGGAAUGACUUAAGUACAAAUGCAACAUAUUAUAAACAA